AAAUUGUACAAAUAACACUUUUCUCAAGGAUUAACUCCUGCCUGCCAAAAACAUAAGGGACUUGUAAUCUUUUCAGACACGCGCUGCUUCCAAAGCUGUCAAUUACUUUGUUUAAUGUAACUAUACACAAGUGAGCUCUAGCCAUACCACCAAUUAAAGGGUCAAGAGAAAUUAAUUGGUCGCCAUCAAAUCUAAGAAUGGUGGUAAAUUGCCUGUGAACACGUAAGUGUAUUUAUACAACAGUUUACAAGGACGCGCUGUAUUGUGAAAGUCAUCACCAGCCUCUGCAUUCAGACAAGAAACAUCUAAUACUUUAACAAUUUUGGAUUUUGGAGGAAGAAGAACAAUUGACAAUUUUGGCAAAUUAUGAAUCAGGUACUCCCGGCAAUGCACGUGUCUGUUUCAGCUGCUGGGUCCACCGGAUUCCACAGUAUCGAUGCCCUUCUAGGAAUACGAGGAGAACCAGAUAUCUGUUCCCACGAUUUCACCACAGAGGAAGAACAUAGAGACAAACUACAAAACCAUCUUCAUCACAGAAAAGACACUUCCGACAGAGCCUUUAAAAUCACAGAAAGGAACGUCAAAUCUCGAAAGGAAAAUAUGAAGAAUAUUGAUGGACGAAAACUGGAUUAUAGUGAGGAGCAGCGGCAAAAAAUCGCGCAGAAAUCGCACUACUUUUACCACUUACCAGCUUCACGAGCUGGAGAGAGCUUUUGAGAAGUCACAUUACCCGGAUGUAUACAGCAGAGAGGAGCUAGCAAUGAAAAUCAAUUUGCCGGAAGUCAGAGUUCAGGUCUGGUUUCAAAACCGCAGGGCAAAGUGGCGACGUCAAGAAAAACUAGAGAGCUCUGCUAUAAAAAUUAGCGACACCUAUCCAAUGACCGCUCUGGCUUCCAAAUCCGGAUGUGGUUUUGGAACAUCACUUCCGUUAGACCCCUGGAUGACGUCACCGAUUACAAACAACGCUCCUUCUCAUUCCGUGCCAUCUCUUACGUCAACAUCAUCCAUAUCAACCUAUCCGACAUUCAUUUCAUCACCAGUGUUCAACUCAAACUGUGCAAUGAGCUCAACGCUCCAUGCUUUGUCGGGUGUUUUCAACUGUACUUCCAGUAAAUUACCGGAAGUGGAUACACGAAAUUCCAGUAUCGUUUCUCUUCGGAUGAAAGCAAAAGAACAUAUGGACAGUUUCGAACGGAAAUAUUAAAAUAUCAUUUAGAAUUUAUAUAAUGCAUUUCGUAACAAAUAGAUAUGUAUUUUUAUUAUACAAGUAUAUAUUAUUACUUUGAUAUUCAAAUAUAAUUGAACAGGAGUAUGAACAAUACACAGCUACGUAUAGAAAUAAUAAAAAUCUCCAUUGGAUUCUUUCUGUACAAUAAUAUUAUUGUCCAUGUUAUGUAAAUACAUCUGAUAUACAGCCAAACCAACGGAUGUGUGUGGAAAUUGUAUUAUAUCGACCUAUCAGAGAGAGUGACAUUCCCAAAAAAAUGUCACCAAUUGAUAAAACCAUUUACUAAAAAUCACGUCAUUUUUGGUAUUAUUGGUGGACCCGAAAGUUAUUUUCGCAUGCAAUAUAAUUUUUUAUGAUAAAGAAAUGUAUUUUGCUA